UGAACUGCCGGCCCGUUGCCACCGAAUGAAAUCAUCGAAUUCUCUCCACACCACCACGCUUCUAACAUUCCAAGAUGCGGCAAGUGGGUCUGGCAAGGCUGUGUUCCUGGUGGUGUAUUCCGAUGAUGAAUGGGCUUUGACAAUAACGUACUUAAUUCCCUCGAUGCAGCGGCGAGUCUUCGGAGCUCUGCAAUUGCUGUAAAUCCAUUGCGCAUCGUUGUUGUUGUUGUUGUUGGUCUCCAGCAUUACUAUCCUACCUAUCUCUACUUGAUUCUUGGGGCUAGCAGCAGUGCCCAGAAACACAACCGUGGCUGUUGUAAGCUUGGAAGCUCCUCUCUUCCGUGAUGACGUCUACAUCGCGAAGUCUACAACACACUUGGGACACGGCAUGGGCGACUGCACCACCCCAAGCAUGCGCUACACUACGCAAUCUCAACGGCGCUGUCGCAUGGGGUGAGACAUGUGUCUUCCCCGAAGAGGAUGGUGAUCCGAUACCCUUCAGCAUCAACACCGCUUGCAUGCCCUGGGUGACAUCGAAUGUCUACCCAUCGCCAUCCGCAUUCUACUCGCCCGCCACCGCAUGCCCGGAGUCUUGGACGGCCGUUGCUACGCAGACGACCGCGAGUGGAGAGGGCAGUGACAACAGAUGGGUAGAUGGAGAAAUCGGGUUGCAGUGUUGCCCCGAUGGGUUUCAGGGAGAUGGAAGAGACGGAUGUCGACCAGGAGGUAGUGGCAACUUCCCAGUUGUUGAAUGUGGAGAAGCGGACGCGGAAGAAAAUGAAUCGAGGACAUACGCUGGUGGAUCGUGGCCAGCGAGCGCGACGCCGAGUAUCACUGCGUUGCACUUGAGGUAUCAACCCAGUGAUGCCGGCAGCGUAAACCCGACUGCUUCAAGCACAGCGACUGGUGCAUCCGCAAGUGACAGCAGCGGAAGCCAAGGAGGAGGAAGUGCUAAUGACAACAAUGGAAUCUCGACAGGUGCCAUAGCAGCUAUUGCCACCGUCAUCCCACUAGUCAUGAUCCUCGGAGCAUUAGCACUGUUCCUCCUAUGGAGGCGUCGGAAGAAGAACAAGAAAGCAGGAUUUGCAUCUAAGCACAUGGGAGACGAGAAAGACGAUGACCCAACAAGACCCAUCGACGACAACGCAAACCACUCCCCAUCCGCCUACCACGCCAUACCCAAAGGGACGACCGCAGCCCACUACGCCAACUCGUCACAAAACCCACACGAGACCCCCGAAUGGAACGUCGAGAUGGACGCUACAGAAGCUGAGCGUCAGAAACUCGCUAGUACUGCACCGGCAUAUGGAAGUUCCACGUCAGGACUGACUCCGGGGAAUGGAGAAGAAGCAACGGAACUUGCGGGAUUGGCGAGGGUGCCGAGGAAACCUAUUGCGCCGGUGGAAAUUGAUGGUAAUGCUGUUGUACCGGAGGUGGGAGACGCGUAUAUACCGUAUCGGCCUGGGAGGGAGGGGAGCUAGGAGUUUGAUACCCAUAUAUUCAAUCUAUCACUGUCAUUUCGUCGUUAUUCUGGUUGUAGAUGGCAAGGCUGUGACACGUGCUGUCUCUUCAUGUCUGCCUUGACCUUGUGGCGGGUAUGCCUCGGAGUGCGCCCUGACUAUGCAGGCUGAGUAUAGAGCUCGCUCUUCUACACUCAUGCGCCUUGUAUGUUCUUCUUUACACCGGUUCUUGUGGAU